AUGCCUGAUCACAGAGAUUACAGAGGCGUGAAAUUAAUUAUUUCACGAUCUGGUCUUAUCGCUCAUACCCGCAGACAUCUUGAAAUGGAUAAUCCUAUAUUAUAUCAUAUUCUAUCCUUAUCACAGUCGUACGUGGCUACGUGGUGUCCUGUGUGUGACAAACGAGUAAGCAACAAAGGAAAAGAUACGAACGGUCUUCUUGCACAUAUUCGUAAAUUUCAUCCAAAACGUUCUAACCAAUAUUUGCUUCAGAAAGAAGAGGGGCCAAAAAUAACGACCAAAAAAACAGCGUCAAAGAUUACAGAACUGCAGUCGUUCGGUAACACAGACAGCAAUUCUAAGAAAAGUGAAACAAAAAAAGUUUAUGCCACUCGUGUGGACACAUGGAAAUCUCAUAAUGAAAAAAAAAUUUGCCCUCGAUGUCAUAAGGAAGCAAUACCGACUCUUCAUACUCGAGGAGACAAGUUGACGACUUCUCAUAUUGGUGCUCUGUGUCUUUUAGGAUGUUGGCCGCUUUGUUUUGUACCAUUGAUAAUGAAACGUGCGAAGAAAGUUCGUAUGUUCUGCCCCCUGUGUGGAUACAUGUACGGCAAUUUUCAAUAUAAAAACACCGGAUUAGCACCAUGCAAAACAGAUUCCGAGGAAUCGCAGACCCGACUUUCAUCUCCACCGAGAAGCUUUCGUUUAUGUGCAGAAAAAGAAGAACAAAAAAAUUGAUAAGAAUAUAUUUUGAUCGAAAAUUCGAUUUCGAAAUGAUAUAUCCCCCGACAUUAUAAAUAACAUUAAAUAAUAUUUUUUUUCUUCUAAUAAA